AUGGCGGAAUCGAAAACUGUUACGGUUGUACCGUUGAAUGGGUCGAACUAUGGGACUUGGAAAGUCCAGUGUCGCAUGGCUCUCGUGAAAGACGGGCUGUGGAGCAUUGUUUCUGGAACUGAAACUGCUCCUGCUUCGACAGAAGCUGAAAAAUAUGCGAAGUUUGUUAGUCGUAGAGAUAAAGCACUGGCGAUUAUCGUGCUUUCGGUACAUCCUUCGCUGUUAUAUUUGCUCGGAGAUCCUGAAGACCCUGUAGCCGUAUGGAAGAAAUUAUCAGACCAGUUUCAGAAGAAAUCGUGGGCAAACAAACUGUCUUUAAGACGACGUUUAAAUAAUUUGAGGCUGAAAGAAGGGAAUUCUAUGUCAAGUCAUAUAAAAGCGAUGACUGAGGUUUUCAAUGACUUGGCUGUAAUAGGUGCGCCAAUGGAAGAUGAAGACAAGGUUGUAACCUUGCUGGAUAGGUCUCCCUGA